UGCCUUAUAAGGGGGCGUGUACACGUAGCUACAAUCCAAUUUCAGGUGCUAGAUUAACAGGUGGUCUCUCCGCGCCAGUGUAGCUGCAGCUACAGAAAGAAUGGCCGAACCAGGUGCCCCAGCAGUUAAACCUGUACCCAGCCACCUAACGGACAGGUUUACUAGAUUGAGGGAAUCUUUUAAACAGAAAUAUGGAACGGAUCCAGAGUUCUUUGCAAGAGCACCAGGGCGGGUCAACCUGAUUGGUGAACACAUAGACUACUGUGGGUAUGCUGUACUUCCCAUGGCCAUAGAGCAGGACAUUGUCAUCGCAGCAGCCACCACAGAUGACCAGAAACUUACUUUAGCCAAUGUGGAUCCCAGUUUUAGUGAUUUUACCAGCACUGUGGAUGGCUUCACCAUUGACAAGUCCCAGCCGCGCUGGUUUCACUACUUCCUGUGUGGCUUCAAAGGUGUGGUUGAGCACUGCAAGAUCGACAAGCCAUCAGGUCUGAAUGUCCUGUUGGAGGGAACUGUACCCAAGAGUUCAGGCCUGUCCAGCUCCAGUGCUCUGGUGUGCUGUUCUGGGAUGACCACUGCAAGAGCCAACAACUGCAGCCUUUCCAAGAAAGAGCUUGCUGAGGUUUGUACCUGGUGUGAACGUUACAUCGGUACAGAGGGGGGAGGAAUGGACCAGUCCAUCUCCUUCUUGGCUGAAGCUGGAACUGCCAAGCUCAUAGAGUUCAACCCACUGAAGGCCACAGACGUGUCCCUGCCUGACGGAGUUGUGUUUGUCAUCUCUAACUCCUGCGUGGAGGCCAACAAGGCAGCCUUCGCUCACUAUAAUGUCAGAGUGGUGGAGUGUCGACUGGCAGCCCAGCUCAUAGCAAAGUCUAAAGGCCUUGACUGGAGGAAGCUGAGGAAGCUGGGGGAUCUUCAGUCUGCGCUGGGCGUGUCCCUGGAGGAGAUGGGUGUGAUCGUGGACCAACUGCUACACAAGGACCCUUACAGCAGGGAGGAGGUGUGCAAGGAACUGGGAGUGACCUCAGAAGAACUGCAAGAUACGAGCCUCAGCCAGAACACCAAGGAUUUGACCACAUUCCAGCUCCAUGACCGGGCUGCUCAUGUGUACAGUGAAGCUGACAGGGUUUUCAAGUUCAAGGCCGUGUGUGACGAGAAGCCGGCUGACGCACUUGUACAGCUGGGGCAGCUGAUGAAUGCCAGCCAUGCCAGCUGCCGAGACCUGUACAACUGCAGCUGUGCUGAGCUGGACCAGCUGACACAGCUCUGCAUUGAUGCAGGAGCGCUGGGUUCACGACUGACUGGUGCAGGGUUUGGCGGCUGUGCCGUGUCUCUGGUACCAGCCGCCAAGUUGCAGGACUUCCUCAAGGCAGUCCAGUCUGGGUUCUACGACAACAGUCCCACCAGGAGCACGAGGGUGGCUGAAAGUCUCUUUGCAACCCAGCCCGGUGAUGGGGCAACUUUCUUCACAUUGUAAAAAUUAGCAGCAUUAAUUGUUAGUAGCCACAUGCUAAAUACAAAAUCAGAUCUGCAGAA